AUUCCCUGGAGAGGCAGCAUCCUUCUGGUCGCGUCCCUCACACGUAACGACGAUAACGCCUGAUCCAUCUUCUGGAUUCGCGUUCUCAAGGCUAGCCCUGUUGCGUCGUCGGAUCUUCUCUUCAUAGUACGGUAAUCAUUCUAUUCGAUUCUUGAAAAGAUCCGCAGCCAUGCCGAACGUCGACUGUAGAAUGUACGAGGCGAAGUUCCCAGAGGUAGAGGAGGUGGUGAUGGUUCAGGUUAAGAACAUCGCCGAUAUGGGCGCGUAUGUGUCCCUUCUCGAGUACAACAAUAUCGAGGGUAUGAUCCUUCUAUCGGAGCUGUCCCGGCGUCGCAUUCGCUCUAUAUCGAGUCUGAUCAAGGUCGGCCGGCAAGAGCCCGUCAUGGUGGUCCGCGUGGACAAGCAGAAGGGUUAUAUCGAUUUAUCGAAGCGGCGUGUAUCGGAGGAGGAGGUGGCGGCGUGCGAGGAGAAGUACAACAAGUCUAAGAUGGUCCACAGCAUCAUGCGCCACGUGGCAGAGACGUCCGGCGUCGAUGUCGAGGAGCUCUACACGAACGUGGCGUGGCCGCUGUACCGCAAAUACGGACACGCGUUCGAGGCGUUCAAGCUGGUGGUCACGGAUCCAGAGGCGGUUCUCGGGGGGCUCACCAAGGAGAUCACGGAGACAGGAGAAGAUGGCAAGGAGGUGAAGAGGGAGGUGCCAGCAAUGCCCGAGGACGUGAGGGCCAACCUAAUUGCCAACAUCCGGCGCAGAAUGACCCCCCAGCCGCUCAAGAUCCGAGCGGACAUCGAGCUCAAGUGCUUCCACUAUGAUGGCGUGCUGCACAUCAAGGACGCCAUGCGCAGGGCGGAGCAGGAGGGCGAGGAGGACUGUGCGGUGCGCAUCGUGCUGGUGGCGCCGCCUCUCUACGUGCUCACCACAUUCACUCUUGCUAAGGACAAGGGCAUAGCAGUCCUGGAGCGGGCCAUCAGAGCAGCUAGUGAGGAGAUUGACAAGCACAAGGGCAAGCUCACAGUCAAGGAGGCGCCGCGAGCGGUGAGUGACCGUGACGAUCGGUUGCUGGCGGAGCACAUGCAGAAGCUGACAGACGCCAAUGCUGAGGUGGACGGUGAUGUGGACAGCGAGGAUGAGGAUGAGGGCAUGGGCUCUGCUGAUAUAGACAAUCCUGGGCUCACAGAAUAGAUUGGUUGAGAAGGGGGAGGAGGGGGGAAGGGGAUGUAUGCAUUUUGGAUUGACGUUUCCAGUAUUCCUACGCGUCAGGAGGAAUUUUGGAGCAUUGUUAGGUUGCACUUGCAAGAGGCAGUAGAGUUGUGCUUUGAGCCACGUUUUGCUGAGUUUUGUUUGCUGUGUUCUGAAGCAUCCAAAACCCAGAGCACUUGGCGUGAAGACCCUCAUUUAGCAAGUUGUGUGGGCUGGUGGGUAAGCAUGAAUCUUAUCUUCCAUACGUCCAAAAGUGUUUGGGAGUGGACACUGAUGUUGUUUCCAUAACGAUGCCCUCACUGGUGAGUAUUUUCCGAGUUCGAGUUGACUCCACAGAUGGGAAACGAGUCAGCGGCAUUAGGCCUUCUCACCGCACUGCCACUCGUUUCACCAGACCGUAUCCCACCUCACC